AAAGGCAUCAGAGAGAGGAAAUCAUUGGAAGCCUUUGCAUUGGCUGUAAUUUUGAUUGCUGGCCAGUGGAUCUUCUCUUCUGUACGUGAAAAAAUGCAGCUUCGUUUUUAUCGAAUCAUGCAGGUGAGUUGGGCAGUGGUCAUCAUAUAAAACGCACAAGAAACUCUAUAGAUAUCCAUGGUCAUAUAAGAAGUUAAACAUCUGCCUAUUGUUAAGGAGGCUGCUCUUGGGUUCAGCAUCAACACGUCAUGCAAGCUCAAUUGCAAAUGAAGGCCAGUGACUCACACAUUGUAGAGAAGAAAUUUCUCCAGUUGGAAAAGCUAUGGAUCUGCAUUAUCUCUACAGAAGAUUUAUUUAUUACAGUUCAGACCAACCGGUGAAUCAGAUGAUAUAUAAGCUUAUGAUAGUUGCAGUACUCUGCCAUCUGCUCAUGCAAAUUACAGCUUCUGCUGGAGAUUAUGAGUUCACCUUCAAUGGAUUCAGCAAAGCAAAUCUAAGCCUUGAUGGCGAUGCGGAUUUGGCUGCUAAUGGGCUCUUGCAACUCACCAAUGCAACACAAGAAUCCAAGGGCCAGGCAUUCUACCCUUCACCACUCCGCUUCAAGAUGUCUAAGUCCGCUUCUGUUCACUCUUUCUCCACUACUUUCGUAUUCGCCAUUGUUGCUCAGUACCCUGGCUUCAGCACCUAUGGUUUCACCUUCUGCAUCUCUCCAACCAUGGCACUCCAUGGAGGCUUAGACCACUUCAUGGGCCUUUUCAAUUCCACAAACAAUGGCCUUUCUUCGAAUCACAUCAUCGGUGUGGAGUUUGACACAAUACAAACACCAGAAUUCAAUGACACUGAUGACAACCAUGUUGGUAUUGAUAUCCACAGUGAGACUUCCAACAGCUCUCACACUGCAGGCUAUUAUACUGGUGACACUAAUGCAGAGUUUCACAACCUGAGCCUGAGCAGUGGGCAGAGGAUGCAAGUAUGGAUAGAAUACGAUAGCAAAAGUUUGCAACUCAAUGUGACUUUAGCUCCUUUUGCACUGUCAAAGCCCAAACGCCCUCUCCUAUCACUGAAUAUUAAUCUCUCCAGCCAUAUAUCAGAGGAAAUGUAUGUUGGUUUCACUGCAUCUGUGGAGGAUGACCUCACCACCCAUUGCAUUCUUGGUUGGAGUUUCAAGAUGGAUGGAAACGCAAAUGCUCUUGAUCUUGAGAGCUUGCCUUCACUCCCUAUUCGCAGCACCAGUAAGAAGAAAUCCAAGACUCUGACAAUCUGGCUACCUGUAUGUGCAUUUCUAGGCUUGUUAACUGCAGCUUUGAUCAUCGGAUAUGUGGUGGCAAGGAGAAGCAAGUUUGCAGAGGUACGAGAGGACUGGGAGCAGGAGUAUGGUCCUCACCGUUUCUCAUAUAAGGAACUCUACCAAACAACAGGCGGCUUCAAGGAUGACUACGUUCUUGGGUUUGGAGGCUUUGGUAGUGUCUACAGAGGAGUGUUACCGACAACCAAAGCAGAAGUUGCUGUCAAGAAAGUCUCCCAUGAAUCAAGGCAAGGAAUUAGGGAAUUUGUUGCUGAGGUUGUGAGCCUUGGCCAGCUCCGGCACCGGAACUUAGUGAAUCUCUUGGGCUACUGCCGCCGUAAAGGAGAACUACUCUUAGUCUAUGAAUUCAUGCCCAAUGGCAGUUUAGACAAGUAUCUAUUCAGUCAGACAGCACCAUGUCUGGACUGGAAUCACAGAUUCAGAAUCAUCGAAGGAGUGGCUUCAGGCCUUCUUUACUUGCAUGAAGAGUGGGUGAAGGUGGUCAUUCACAGAGACAUCAAGGCUAGCAAUGUGUUGCUUGACAGUGAAUUCAAUGCAAGACUUGGGGACUUUGGCCUCGCUAGAUUAUAUGAUCAUGGGACUGAUUUUCAGACAACUCAUGUUAUGGGAACAAUGGGGUAUCUAGCUCCAGAGCUUGCAAGGAAAGGCAAAGCCACAACGAGUAGUGAUGUGUAUGCAUUUGGGGUAUUCCUUCUUGAAGUUGCAUGUGGCCGAAGACCAAUAGAACUGACAGAAGAUGAAGAUGGUGAGGAUGUAUUUUUGGCUGACUGGGUGUUGGACAGUUGGAGAAAAGGAGACAUUCUUGCUUGCACUGAUGGCAGGCUAGAUAAACAGUACGUGGUGGAAGAGAUGGAGCUGGUGCUGAAGCUGGGAUUGCUCUGUUGUCACCCUAUACCCACUUCCAGGCCAAGCAUGAGGCAAGCCAUGAAAUACCUUAAUGGGGAUUCUCCACUUCCUGAAUUUACACCAUUUUCAUUGAGUGCUGAUAUCUUGGUCUCACAUCUAGAUGAAGGCUUUGAUAACCAUAAAUUAUCUUGGCAGUCUUCAGAGGCAGAGGCUACAUCUGUUUCUCUUCUUUCUGGUGCCCGUUGAUUACAGUUAUUAGAUUACACAAGUUCAGUUAUUGUCUUUUUAUUCUUGAUAUGAUAUUUAUACUUUUGUGACAUCUAGGCAAUAUAUAGUUGGUGUGUAUGAUCUAGUGGUUGACUGAGUCAACUAGAUUAUUUGCUGGGGAAUGCCGGAUACUUUGGUAAUGGGCAAUUAUGUCCAAUUAAUAUGUUUUUGAGUUGA